ACAGUGUAACUGAUGUAGCUGCUAAUGUGCUGGCAGGAUUUGCAUUUAUGCCUGUGAACUGCAUUUUUAGUCCAAUGUCCCAUAUUCUUCAAAAUCACCUGUCUUUUCUAUAUUAAGUUAGGGAGUUUGUUUUUUGUACUUCUGACUGGUGAGAGGAUAUGAUGAGUUGACAGUGGAACUUGUAGGGCUUGUAGUUAGCAGUUUGUUAAGAAUGAUUUGAUAGGAUUGGUUUUCUGUUUGAUUCUGUGGCUAUUAUUUGAGUUCUGACACCUAGAAGCAUUCUAUUUUGUUUGGAACAUAUGAAUGUGGGUUUACCUUGUCUGAAGCUGGUCUCAGAUGAAUAUUACCUCAAAUUAAAAUCUUUCUUCAAAUACGACUUCGUAUUGUAACAUCCUGUGUUUCUUUGAUACGAGGCAGAGAAUGGUAUAGUUAGUAUUUUUCCUGGAAACGGAAUGACAAGAGUUGCUUGAAACUAAAGUGGGAAAUUUUCUAUGGAUGAUUGGUGGAAUUCUCAUCUUACAGAGAUUUUGUGCGACCUUUGACAGUUGGAAAUAUGAGACUAGCUAAUUGAACAGUGCACAUCAGACUAAAGAGUAUUUGGACCAUUUUCCCUGUGCACUUUGGGCAGGACUUGACUGGAUGGAGACGUACUGGUCCAGCUAAUUUGGUUUGUACGUCUACAUGGUGGAAGUUUGAUUUCAAAUUUGCGAAGUGCAUGUUUGCUACCGCACAUUAAAAAUGAAUUUGCAAACGCACCAUUCAGGGCAGAUAUCUGGACAAGUACCAAACCAAGCUGGUACUAUGUUGCCUGGGCUGCCGCAGCAGAAUGGAAAUCCCAUGCAAAAUCCCAGUAUCCAUCGUGGUGUCCUGAAUACUGACCCUGAAUACGUUAAAACACGCAGAUAUAUGCAAGAAAAGAUAUGGGAAUUUCUUAUGCAGCGGCGCCAACAAUCUCAUGAGGUGCCCAACAAAAAAAUGAUUGAUUUAGUAAAACGUCUAGAAGAGGCUUUGUUCAAGAGUGCCACGACAACGGAGGAGUAUCUAAACCUGGCAACUCUCGAAAGUCGCUUGCAUGUUCUAAUUAAACGUCUACCUAUGAGUAAUCACAACCAGCAGUUCUCACAUGCUAACCCCUCUGUGUCUAUUGGUACAAUGAUUCCGACCCCUGGAUUGCAACAAACUGGAAAUUCUAGCCUUGUUGGGACUCCAUCUGUGGACAGCUCUUUGGUUGUCAAUAAUAGCUCAAACACAAUUGCGUCCUCCACAGCGAAUUCAGGGAACUUCUUGCCUACAGGAAAUGGGUCUUCUGGAGCUUUGGCCGGUGGAUAUCAGCACUCAUCUUCUGCUUUCUCAGUCAAUUCUGGUGGAAAUAACAUGAUGACAUCCAUGGGUGGACAGAGAAUGACAAGUCAGAUGAUCCCUACUCCUGGAUUUAGUAGUUCUAGUAAUAAUGACGUAAAUAACAAUGCUGAUAACCAGUCAUUCAUGAAUAUGGAGUCAUCCAGUAAUGUUGGUGCAUUUCCAGCUGUUGACUCUUCAAUUGUAUCACAGCCUAUGCAACAAAAGCAGCACGUUGGUGGUCAAAACAGUCGUAUGUUACACAAUAUUGGUGGGCAUAUGGGUGGUGAAAUAAGAUCUACAUUGCAGCAAAAGUCUUAUGGAUUAUCAAAUGGGCCCUUGAACGGAGGGCUGGGAAUGGUGGGAAACAAUAUGUCCAUGAUGAAUGGUCCAGGAACAACCGAAGGCUAUUUAUCUGGAACAAUGUAUGGAAACUCCACCAAACCGUUGCAUCAACACUUUGACCAGCAUCAGCGACCAGUAAUGCAGGGUGAUGGAUAUGGAAUGGGUGCUGCCGAUGCUUCAGGGUCUGGAAACUUGUAUGCUUCUGCGACAUCUGUUGGGUCUCUGAUGAACAAUCAGAGCUUGAAUGUGAUAUCAAUGCAAUCUAUGCAAAAAGCAACCUCACCCUUGAUGAUUAAUAAUCAGCCUAAUGUACACUCUGUAACGACUAUGAAGCCUCAACCAAUUGAUCAAUCAGACAAAAUGAAUUAUCACCCUCAGUAUUCAGUGAGAGAAAAUCUUGUACAACCUCAUCAACAACAACAAUUUCAACAGCCGUCUCACCAGUUUCAGCGCCAGCAACUUGUCCAGCACCAGGUCCCACAAAGGCAGCAAACUCAAAACCAGGUUUUCUUAAAGAAUGAUACAUUUGGUCAAUCUCAGCUGUCAUCCAAUAUAGUUUCUGAGGCAAAGUCUGCCCAUGGGAUUGAGCAUCGUGAUGAAAUUCUACAUUCACAAGUCUCUGACCCCUUCCAGUUCUCUGAUAUGCAGAGUCAGUUCCAACAGAACCCUAUGGAGGACCGGUCAAGAGGUACUCAGUUGCUGCCGCAUCCAGUUGGUCCACAGGAUGUGAGUUCAUCACUAACUCAGACUUCAGAUCAGAUGCAACAGUUGUUGCAUCCGCAACAAUUUGUUGGUAACCCUCAAAGUGAUUUUGGCGGUCUUGCUAGUGGCAUGCAACCAGAUGACACAUUGCGUGGUCAAUGGUAUUCCCAAGAUGUAUCUCUUGUAUCAGGGAGACUCCCACAUGAUCAAAAUGUGCAAGAUGAAUUUCAUCACAGAUUAACAGGGCAAGGGCAAGAUGGAGCUCAGCUAAAUAAUUUAUCCUCUGAAGAAUCAGUAAUUGGUCAAUCAGAUGCUCCCAGAUCAGCAGAAGCUCCGAAAACAAGUAAUGCCAUAUCUCGAUCUAAUAACCUUAAUCGUGAAAGGCAGUUCAAGAACCAACAGCGGUGGCUCUUGUUUUUGCGGCAUGCUCGUCGAUGUCCUGCUCCAGAAGGGAAAUGCCAAGAGCCGAACUGCUUGACGGUUCAAAAACUAUUGAGACAUAUGGAACAUUGCAAUGUAUUUCAGUGUUCUUAUCCUCGUUGCUGCGCUACUAGAGUUUUAGUAAAUCAUCAUAGGCGCUGUCGUGAUGGUAGCUGCCCUGUUUGUAUUCCAGUUAAGAAUUAUGUGCAACAGGCGCAAUUAAAGGCACUUGCUCGUCCUGAUUUCAGUUCAGGGUUGCCUGGUUCUGUCAAUGGUUCCUGUAAAUCAUAUGAGAAUGCUGAAAUUUCUGGAAGAUCAACCCCGAAGACGAGCCAAAUGAUAGCUGAAACUCCUGAAGAUCUACAGCCUUCUAUUAAACGCAUGAAAAUUGAACAGGGAGCUCAGUCUGUUGUCUCUGAAAGUGGAGCUUCUGUUGCACUGAAGUCCACUAUAAAAGAACCUCCAAUCCAGGAUGCCCAGCAUUCUGAACAGCAUCAUGAUCCUCAUAUUCCAAGAAAAUCUGAAAUUAAUGAAGUGAAAAUGGAAGUUUCAGGAAGUGUUGGACAAUUAAGUUCCAAAAUGAUUGAAAUGAAGAAGGAUAGCUUGGAAGAUGCCUACAUCCAGAGGCCAGAAGGUGAUCCUACUGCAAAACUAAACUCUACUGGAUUUGGAAUACAGGAAGUCAUUAAAGCCGAGAAGGAAAUGGGACAGUCUAAGAUGGAAAAUCCACCAUUACAUUCUGAGAACACGUCCAAGUCUGGCAAGCCGAAAAUAAAGGGAGUAUCAUUGACAGAGUUGUUCACUCCUGAACAAGUCCGGCAGCAUAUUACAGGUCUUAGACAGUGGGUAGGCCAGAGCAAAGCAAAAGCAGAAAAGAAUCAAGCGAUGGAGCAUUCAAUGAGUGAAAACUCUUGCCAGUUAUGUGCAGUCGAGAAGCUUACCUUUGAACCACCCCCUAUAUAUUGUACACCUUGUGGUGCUCGCAUUAAAAGGAAUGCUAUGUAUUAUACCGUUGGAGCUGGUGAAACUCGUCAUUACUUUUGCAUUCCGUGCUAUAAUGAGGCUCGUGGCGACACCAUUGUAGUUGAUGGAAGUGCUCUUCCAAAGGCAAGGAUGGAGAAAAAGAAAAAUGAUGAGGAAACUGAAGAAUGGUGGGUCCAAUGUGACAAGUGUGAAGCGUGGCAGCAUCAAAUUUGUGCAUUAUUCAAUGGUAGAAGAAAUGAUGGUGGACAAGCUGAGUACACUUGUCCAAAUUGUUAUAUAGAAGAAGUUGAGAGAGGUGAACGUGUGCCAUUACCGCAGAGUGCUGUUCUAGGAGCAAAGGAUUUGCCUAGAACAAUUUUGAGUGAUCACAUGGAGCAGCGAUUAUUUGCAAAGCUCAAGCAAGAAAGGCAGGACAGAGCAAGGCUUCAAGGCAAAAGUUAUGAUGAGGUGCCAGGAGCAGAAGCACUUGUUAUAAGAGUGGUGUCAUCAGUGGACAAGAAGUUGGAAGUUAAACCGCGGUUUCUUGAAAUUUUCCAAGAGGAAAAUUAUCCUGCAGAAUACCCAUAUAAAUCUAAGGUAGUACUAUUAUUUCAGAAAAUUGAAGGUGUUGAAGUCUGCCUAUUUGGGAUGUAUGUUCAAGAAUUUGGAUCCGAAUGUCAGCAGCCUAAUCAUCGCCGAGUCUACCUAUCUUACCUGGACUCAGUUAAGUAUUUCAGGCCGGAGGUUAAAGCAGUGACUGGAGAAGCUCUGCGGACAUUUGUGUACCAUGAAAUUUUGAUUGGAUACUUAGAAUACUGCAAAAAACGUGGUUUCACUAGCUGUUAUAUAUGGGCUUGCCCUCCAUUGAAAGGGGAAGACUACAUUUUGUAUUGCCACCCAGAAAUUCAGAAGACACCAAAGUCAGAUAAACUUAGGGAGUGGUACUUGUCCAUGCUAAGAAAAGCUGCAAAGGAAAAUAUUGUAGUUGACCUCACUAAUCUCUAUGACCAUUUCUUUGUGUCUACCGGCGAAUGUAAAGCAAAGGUAACUGCAGCUCGGUUGCCAUACUUUGAUGGAGAUUAUUGGCCUGGUGCUGCAGAGGACAUGAUUUAUCAACUACAGCAAGAAGAGGACGGGAGAAAACAGCAUAAGAAGGGAACUAUGAAGAAGACGAUCACGAAAAGAGCUCUGAAGGCAUCUGGCCAAACUGAUCUUUCUGGAAAUGCAUCAAAGGAUUUGCUGUUAAUGCACAAACUCGGUGAAACAAUAUCUCCCAUGAAGGAGGACUUCAUCAUGGUACACUUACAGCAUGCAUGUACGCAUUGCUGCAUCCUGAUGGUCUCUGGAAAUCGUUGGGUUUGCAAACAAUGCAAAAAUUUUCAGCUAUGUGACAAGUGCUAUGAUGCUGAGAGAAAACGCGAGGACAGAGAAAGACAUCCUAUCAACCAGAAGGAUAAACAUACGCUUUAUCCUGUUGAAAUCACUGGUGUCCCUGACGAUACCAAAGACAAAGAUGAGAUACUUGAGAGUGAAUUCUUUGACACCAGACAGGCGUUUCUCAGCCUUUGUCAAGGAAACCAUUAUCAGUAUGAUACUCUGCGUCGAGCUAAGCAUUCCUCCAUGAUGGUCCUCUAUCAUCUUCACAAUCCUACUGCCCCAGCUUUUGUGACAACAUGCAAUGUAUGUCACCUUGAUAUAGAAACUGGGCAAGGUUGGCGCUGCGAGACAUGCCCUGAUUAUGAUGUAUGCAACACAUGUUACCAAAAGGAUGGAGGAAUCGAUCAUCCUCAUAAAUUAACUAAUCAUCCAUCAAAUGAUCGUGAUGCACAGAACAAAGAAGCCAGGCAAUUACGAGUUAUGCAGCUGAGAAAGAUGCUUGAUCUCCUGGUUCACGCCUCUCAGUGUCGCUCUCCUCAUUGUCAAUAUCCAAAUUGCCGCAAGGUGAAGGGACUUUUCCGCCAUGGUAUGUUGUGCAAAGUGCGUGCUUCUGGAGGUUGUCUACUGUGUAAGAAAAUGUGGUAUCUCCUUCAGCUUCAUGCUCGAGCGUGCAAGGAAUCUGAAUGCAGCGUCCCACGAUGCAGAGACUUGAAGGAGCAUAUGAGAAGGCUGCAACAGCAGUCCGAUUCUCGACGAAGGGCUGCUGUUAUGGAAAUGAUGAGGCAACGCGCUGCAGAGGUUGCUGGCAAUUCUUGAUGUCCAGUUGUAUAUAUACACUAGUGGCAGCUUUUUGAGGAAAAAACUGUUCCAGAGCGAGCCAGAUAAGUUAUCGUUUGACAAGUGAUGCAUUAUUUGAACUCGCAAGUGGUAGAAAGGAAGUCGGGCUUCUUACUAUGGUUGGAGGACUCCAUAACAAAACAAAUUUGUGGGAGUUUUGCUUUUACCAUCACUGGGCACACAUUUUUUUUGGGUUCAUACUUCUCCAGAUAAGCUUGCUAGGGAAGUUCAUGAUAGAAGGUCCACUGCUUGCUUCUACUAUGGCGAACUCACAAUUUAGGGGGGCAAAAGGUUCAGAAUUUAUGUCUUCGUCUAGAUAAGUUAUUCUUUGAUUUUCUUUCUUGUAUUUCAUCUGUUGCCAUCAAUGUUUGAUGGCGAGUGUACUAUAGUUACCUUUGCCUGUCAAGAUUUUUCUUGCCAAAGUAGUAACAAGAGAAGCUCAGUUUUUCUCAAAUUCUCAUCUCAGUCCCGUUCAUCGUCUUUGUGAAUAUAUGCCUUUGGAAUUAGCUAUA